AGAGAGAGAGAGAGAGGAGCAAACUGCUCUCCGUGAUGACAGCUGAUCAUACCGAGCCACCGGGACCACCGAGGACCUUUCUUACUGUCAACAUGUUUUAUUGACCUUCACUGUUAGAAUAAAGAAUCGAGUUCCUGGAAUAAUGACGCGCCUGCGCUCAGAUCCUCAGCUGAAGGGAGAGUAGACGCUCAGGAAAAAAGUUGCGACCAACCAACCAACCAACCAACCAACCACAUCAUCACCAGGCUGAAAGAAGUUGGAUAUCUAGUCUGACUGGACCAAUCCCACAUUUUUCACACUUUAUAGGUUAUGAGUGAUGGAAGCAGGAUCGGUGGUGCGUGCCAUCUUUGAGUUCCUCCCGAGCGUCUCCGAGGAGCUGCCACUCUUCACCGGUGAUGUCAUCGAGGUGCUCAGUGUCGUGGAUGAGUUCUGGUUGCUUGGCAACAAAGAUGGCGUCACAGGUCAGUUUCCCAGCACCUUUGUGGAGGAGAUUACCAUCCCCAGCACCAAACCUGGAGACAGACUCUACGUGUGCAUCAAUGAUUUCAGCUCAGCAGAGCCGGGCAACCUGUCCCUGAAGAGAGGUGAUGUGGUGGUCGGAGAGGACCUGAAAGAAACCUGGCAGCGUGGUUGUAAUGCCUGGGGCGUCCGCGGUCUCUUCCCCACAUCAUGUGUGAAGGAGCUGACCCUCUCUGGACGUUCCAGGCAGCUGUCUGAGCGCUCGGCUCAGGCCCAGGCUUCAGAGCUCCCGCCUUACGCCCUGGGCCAAGCCCGGGCCCUCAUGAGCCUCCACGCGCAGCUCAACGAGGAGCUGGACUUCCGCGAGGGGGACUUGAUCAUCAUCACCGGCCUGCCCGAGCCGGGCUGGUUCCAGGGGGAGCUGGAUGGCCGCAGGGGAAUCUUCCCAGAGGGGUUCGUGGAGCUCGAGGGAUCCCUCCGAUCUCCUCAGGAGCCCCUGGACUAUACUGGACAGUAUUUGAACAGUGACUCCGAACAAUUAAGCUACGAGGACUCUUACGACGCAGGGGAGGGGACAGAAGAGGAAAGUGUAGAAGAAGGAGAGGUGUUUAUGAGAGAGGAAGAGGAGCAGAAGGAGGCUGUAGUAGAAGAAGAAGAUGAAGAGGAAGAGGACGGUGUCUAUGUAGUGGCGCUGUAUGAGUUUCGGGCCAUGGAACCAGGCGAGUUGGACUUUGACAUGGGGGAUCGCAUACGUCUUCUAAACACUUUGGAAGACGGAUGGCUGGAGGGGGAGCUGCGAGGGCGACGCGGCAUUUUUCCUCAUCGAUUUGUCAAAAUGGAAGACGACGGGCAGAAAACUGCAGAGGAAGCAAAUGCUGUUGAACCAGAAGAAGACAAGGAGACUUCUGAAUGUCCCAAUGGGUCAGAGGAGGAGCCUGAAUGGAGGACGUAUGAGGAUCACACAGUGUGGGACCUGGACUACUUUGAGAGGACUGAGGAGCAGAGGUGGCAGAGUGAAAACAAAAGCACAGGAGCUCAAACUAAUAGAGGACAGAGAGAUGGGGGUAGCAGACCCAACUCUCAGCCACGUAGACCUGUCGCCCCGGUACAGAGGGGGCCCGAGAGACCCAAAUCCAGUCCUCCAGCAAGGCCCAGACUGCCAUCUCGGCCUAGCCUGCCUGCACGCAGCCAUAGGCACCACGGCCCAUCGUCUGGUGCAAAUCGGUCCAGCUAUACUAACGGUCACACCCGAUCCUUACAGCCCAAACUAAGUCAUAGCCUAACCCUCCCUAGCACUCAUUCUGGUUGGUCUAAAAACUACCAGAGGCCACCGAAGGAUGGCGCCACCACCAGUAAGAGGAGUGGGAGUCUUAGUCAGGCGUUAUUUAACCUCGCUGAGGCCCAGAAGAAGCUAACUCGCCACGGUAGUGUCAGCGAUGCUGAUAUGAUGAUGGGCAGCGCUGAGGCACGGCAGCGUUCCCAGCAGACAGUGCGUGGCUCCAACGGUAUGAUGCCCACAUCCAUCACCUUAGAUGCCUUAGGCGGCAACCUGGAGGCCAAGCUAUCCCAGCAGCUUUUUGAAUUUGACAAAAGCUUGACUUCUUCAUACAGUGAUACUAACAUGAGCUCUGGUGCUUCCGCAGGCGACCUGAGCCAGCAAUCCCGUAUCGCACGCCAUUAUUCUAUUAUGGACUUCAGCGAUGAAAGCGAUAUCAUGCGAGGCUCCUCGCAUUCACCGUUGGCCCACCUUUUGCAGUCGAACUCUGCCUCUUCGUCGCUAGAGAGGCGCAGGACCCUUCGCCCUCCCCCUCCUCGUCCAAGAGCCCAUCGCCUCUCUGCAACACCUGCGUACAAGCCAGCCCGCCCUGCUCCGCGUCCACCUCCUCGCUGCCCGAGACAAAACACUGCCCCUCCGAACAUCUUCUACACCCCUGACGAACCAGCUGUAAACCUCCUCGACCAAAUAACAGAAGGGCAGGUUGAGUUCGGUGACCUCGCGGCCGCCCAGGAAGAUGAAAUCCAACGCCAGCUGGAAGCGGAGAAGGAGCUGGAGAGAGAGAUGGAGCUGGAGAGUGAGAUACAGAAGGAAGAGGAGGAAAGGUACCAGCUGCUGCUACGGCUACAAGAGGUGGAGCACGACAUGGAGGCGUAUGCACACACAGCGGAGGAGCUCAGGACCAUGUUGGAGGAGGAGGAGGAUGAGACGGCCCGCAUGCAAGCCAUGGAGAAUCUGGAGUUCUGCAACUACACGCUGGAGACGCUGGCCCUGGAGCAGCUGCAGCUACAAGAGAUGACGCUCCUGUCGUCCCAACCCAAAACCCUGGACUCCACCCCGACCUCGGACUCCUCCCCUGCCGCCGGUACCGAGGAUCCGGAGCUGAGGAUGAUGGAGAAGAGGGCAAAGGUCAUCGAGGAGCUGCUGCAGACGGAGAAGGACUACAUCAAAGACCUGCAGAUGUGUGUCGAGGAGAUCGUCGAGCCGCUGCAGAAGAAGCAGGUGAAGAAUGUGGACUUUGACGGGCUCUUCGGCAACAUCGGCUCUGUGAUCGACCUGUCACAGCGCCUGUUUGAAACACUGCAGGACACCGACUCUAUAGGAACGGUAUUUCUGGGCUUCAAAGCUGAGCUGGAAGAGGUGUACAAGAUCUACUGCCAGAACCACGACGAUGCCAUCUCUCUGCUGGAGAGCUACGAGAAGGACGAAAACAUCCAGUGCCACGUGUUGGAGUGUCUGGAGAGACUCAGGGGGAAAACAAACUACAUCAACCUGGGCUCUUUCUUAAUCAAGCCGGUGCAGCGGGUGAUGCGUUACCCGCUGCUGCUGAUGGAGCUGCUGGGCGCCACGCCGGAGAGCCACCAUGACCGGCCCCAGCUCACUGAGGCCCUGCUGGCCAUCAAAGAGAUCAACGUAAACAUCAACGAGUACAAGCGCAGGAAGGACCUCGUGGUGAAAUACAGGAAAGGCGACGAGGACACGUUCAUUGACAAGAUCUCCAAGCUGAGCAUGCACUCCAUUAUUAAGAAAUCCAACCGCGUCAGCAGCCACCUCAAACAGCUCACAGGGAUCUCACCCCAGAUUAAAGAUGAAGCGUUUGACGAGGCCGAGAAGAAGUUCAGGCUGCAGGAGAGACUCAUCAAGUCUUUUAUCAGGGACAUUUCCUUGUACCUGCAACAUAUAAGGGAAUCAGCAUCUGUAAAGGUCUUGGCAGCCAUCAGUUUCUGUGACAUCUACACGGAGCGCAGCGUCCUCGACCCCGAGCGCUUCCAUAAAGCUCACCGCUGCAUCAGCGACACGCAGUUCACACAGUUUAAGGAGCGCACGGAGGCCUUAGUCAUCGACCCGCUCAACCAGCUCCUCCUCAUGUUCGCCGGGCCGCACAAACUCAUCCAGAAACGCUUCGACAAACUGCUGGACUACGACAACUGCAAGGAGCGCGCCGACCGCCUCAAGGACCGCCGCGUCCAGGACGAGCUGCAGGCGGCGCGCAACAACUACGAGGCGCUCAACGCCCAGCUUCUGGACGAGCUGCCCAAGUUCCACGGCGGGGCGGAGGAUCUGUUUACUGGCUGCGUGAGGGCCUUCGCUCAAUCCCAGAAGGACUUCAUGAGGACGACGCUGGGGGAGCUGAAGCCCCUCCUACAGGCUUUUUCUAGUAAAGCUGGCACCGAGGGCAACCUGAUCUCUAAGUUUCAAGACGAGUACGGUCGAGUUCUCCAACUUCUGCAGAGCUUCAGCUUCUGCCCGGAGAACCUUCCUCUGGCCACCUCCACGAAAAAGACCUUCGAGAAGAAGACUAUGGAGAAGCAGACGUCGAAAAAGCAACUGCAGGCACCUCCCAACCACAUCAUGCAGACAGAUGAGCACCGUGCAGGACUUCUGGUACGCUACGGUCCCGAGAAACUCUUCCAGGCAGAGAGAAACUUCAAUGCGGCCCAGGAUUUGGACGUCUCGAUGCUGGAGGGAGACCUGGUGGGUGUCAUCAAGCAGCAGGACCCCAUGGGUAGCCACAACCGCUGGCUGAUUGAUACUGGAGUUGGCAAGGGUUUUGUGUACAGCUCCUUCCUCAAACCCUACAACCCACGCAGGAGCCAUUCAGACGUGUCCAUCGAGAGCCAGUCGUCUAAUGAGUCCGGCUACGGCGGCUCCUCGCCCGUUUUCUCCCGCCAAAACAGCAACAGCACGCUGACCUUUAACCAGGACACGGCCACCGUCAGCUUUUCCACGUCGCAGCCCCAAACUCAAUCGUCGCCACACCCUUCGCUGGACUCCGCGUCAUCUCGUAGGAGUCACCACAGAGACGUGCCUAACCUCGACUCCGCCAGUCAGAGCAACUCCAUAAACUCCUCCCCCAGAAAUCCCUCACACCGGAGGGAAUACUCCGACCACCGAAACUCCUCCAGUCACAGAGACGCCGAGCCUUCUUACCGGCAUUCAGGCAGAGACACGUACGACGCGAGUUAUGGAAGUCCGAGCAGCCACAAGGAGACGUCAGACCUCUCGGAGACAGACUCUUAUUCUUCACUCAGAAACAAUCGGUCGCAGCGGUAUGGACACACGGACAAAACCUACAGCUCAUACCAGUGCAGAAAUGGAGAUAAUGGUGGCCAGAAGAGGACCGCGUACUCUAGAGAUGAGUACAUCGAGCCGGAGCCGGAGCCAGAGCCAGAACUAGAACCAGAACCAGAACAAGAAGACGAGAGUGAAGUAGAUGGUCAUCAGAUUUACUACGCUCUCUACUCCUUCGAUGCCCGCUGUGCCAACGAACUGACCAUCUCAGCCAAUCAGCGGCUGCGGAUACUGGAGUUCAAGGACAUGAACGGCAACAGUGACUGGUGGCUGGGGGAGGCAGAAGGCCGCCAAGGCUACGUGCCUUCCAACUACAUCCGCAAAUCAGAAUACACAUGAACAAUAGUUUCAUCCUGAGACUGUACUUGGACCUGAAGGAGGCUCACUCUGCGAGCAGACAGAACAAAAAGACAAACAAAGCGUUUUGAUCUGUUGUGAGAAGGACUGACUAUUGUUGCUCCUAAAAGUUAGCAUUAUAUGCCUAUAUUUAUAGACUUUUUAUAUUAUUUUUACUUACUGGAAGCUGCACCCGACUCCCUUUUUGUUUCCAGUGAAAAACCUGUGAAUUGCACCAGAUAGUUUUUGCCAUAAUCUCCGGUGCUGAAGACAAUGAAUUGUAUGUUUAAGAGAACAGCGUUGGGAGAUUGCAAUGGAAAUGUGAAUGUUUUGGGUGCCUCUAAACAAACACCAAGUGGUAUGCAGACGGACUGACCUAAACACUGUGUUAACGACUCUUUUUUUCCUGCAUGUGGUUUAUUACAUCACUAGAAUCAAUAUUAGAUGCAUCUAUACCAUACUGAUCAACAAAUCAAGGUUUGAGGCACUUAUGAUGAUGAUUAUCCACCGGUUGCAAGUGUUGAAGUGUCUGUGGAGCCAGGAUCAAACAGAAUUUGGAGUGUUGUAUGAAAUUAAUACGGAGUAUUUUAAUUAAAUCCAAGGACAAAGUUGAAUGACAUACAUGGUUUACAAACACUCCCCUUGUCAAUAACCUGAAUACACUCUUAACUGGGUUGACACUGUGCAAACAGGUGAUGACCCAGUUUCCCUGUAAGAGGAGGUGAACCAACAGGGAGAGAGAAGUCUGAUCUCCACAUACUCCCUAUGUACAUUAUAUAUAUAGUGCUGUUUAUUGAAAAUAUGCUAUUGCACCCACUGUAAAGUGAUCACUGUUUGAAUAAAAAACAGCUCAGCUGAUAAAUCAUGA